GUAGAAAACCAACAUACAGAACUGUGUCAUCGAGUUAUCAAAUUGACUCACUAAAUUAUCUUAUCACCAUUAUCAAUGGGUGUGAGGAGCAUACAUUUUACAUUCAGAACUAACUUUCGAUUAGUUACAAACAAAACAAAGAAUCACAAGAUUUUAUAUUAGUUAAGUAAAAAAAAAAAGUGUUUACUAUAUCGUUAUGUUAAAGUACGUUCGUUUAUUUCCUGGGAAUUUAAGACUCUUUAAUUAUUGCAAAUAAGAAUGUAAUAGCGUCGUGAGUUACGAAAAUGGUGACUUGUGAGCUGGAUGAAGAUGUGUCUGGUGAGGUAUUGGGAUGGAAGUUGCCGGCAUGGCAAUCCCUGCUGAUCCAUCGGGUGCUGCCAUCUUGUGGAGGAUUGGUGGUCUACCUCACUCUAAUGUGCUAUGAUUUCGCUUUACUAUUCGAUCAUUAUCGUAAUAAAGAGAAGCCGAUUGCUGCCCUUUGCACUAUAUUUAUAUUAUUUCCUGCGAUAAUAACGUUGGUCUUCACUCUGGCGUCCCCUCCUCCUGGUCUGCAAACUGAGUUAACUGCCUAUUCAGUCAAUUUAAAGAAAAAAGACCUGAAGUGGAUAGCUCGACAGUUCGCAAACUGCUUAUUUUUCCCUAUGGCUGCCAUCGGAAGAUACUGUUAUCUCAUUUUCUGGUGGACAGAAGCAGUGUGUGCGUCCUGGGCUGACGACGAAUGUAGAACUAAAGAGGCUUUGAGGAGGGCGAAAGCUCCAAGUUCCAUAGAACUCUAUUUGUUCCUGCAGGCUUUCAUUCAUGCUGCUCCGAACGCGGUCAUCAACAUUUUGGAUUUGAUGGCCCAUUUCACUAAGCCUGAUUAUGACAAAGCAACAAUGCAAGCAGUUAGCAUCAUAGUAUCGUGUAUGCGAAUGUCGAGCACUGCAACAUUAUACAGAAGGUAUGAAAGAGAAAAACUGAACGGCAAAAAGUAUCCGUGGAAUAACUCUUACCUGCCACUUAAUGAUACUAAUUCUGAUGACACGAUAACUAAGAGAGAUGAGCCUGCAGAACCUAUUUAUGAAUCGAUUAGUAAACCACCAAUUGAUUUUCAAGAAUCAAUAAUAUCGUCAAAUCGUUCAGAUGAUAUGCAAAAUAAGACGAAUAGUGAUUUAAUUAAAUUUUCACCAAGAAGCACUCUUCAGGAAGUAUGUUAUGACGAUAUUUAUACUGAUUCGGACUCUGGUUCUGAAUACUUACAACCAAUGUCUUAUCACGAUCGAUCACAAACGUCACCGACGGCAGGUAGCGACGAUGAAUAUGUAAGGCCAUUGUCUAUAAUUGAAAGAGUUGCUCCACGAAGAGGUACUAAGUCCUAUAUAAUAGAGGAGGUUGAAAUCACACCACCUCCUGUAAUUCCUGCUCCUAGACCGGGUUCCAUAGCGGUAUGGGCUGAAAAAAUUGUUGAAAACGCCGAAUCUUUACCCUCAUGGCUAUCAGCGCCGCCUCGGCACAAAUACUGCGAUGAAAUUGUUCAAGAUGAACCGGAUAUUCCUGUUUACGUUCCGAAUUCGAGAAGACGUGGUCUAGAACCACAAGAUGCGACUGCAGCUUUAGUCCAAUAUUUAGGAUGGUAUGCGUUCUUCGUGUCGCGUUUGCUCUCUAUAGCUGCUAUCAUAAAUUGUUCUAUAUUUGCUGCUGUGAUACUUUUGUUUUCGCAUUACCAGAUAAUGCUGUUACUUUUGAUAGUACCACAGGCGAGUACCGUUAAAAGAGGUUUUUACGUAUUUCUAGCUUUCAUUUACUUAUUCUGUUUGAUGGAGUUUAAGGUUCGUUUCCGGCACGUAAGAGUGUGGCACGUGUUUUGGAUAAUUACUUGCACCGUUGAAAGUAUAUUGUUUACUGGCUUAUGGGCUGGCUUAGGCAACGAGAUGACCGACUGGUGGAAACACUAUGUGAUAAAAGUUAUAUUUAUAAGUCUAUUGUUAAGUUACAUGUGCUUUAUGGUGUAUUUCGUUUUAUUGCAACCGAAAGAGACGAUUAUUUACAUUGAAAAGAAAUGACUUUAAAUUACAUUCAUAAAACCAGUAAAGUGAAAUGAAAAAAUAAAGGAGUCUGUAAUAUUUAUUUCUUCUAUUAAAUAACCUUUUGUUAUCAUGUCUAAUGGAAUUUAACGUUUUUUCUUGUUAUCUGCGUCUGUUGUUGGACCACACGUAUUUUAAUUAUUAUUUAUAACCACUGAGCUACUCUUUGUGUAUAGAGUCUCAGUACUUACCGUUGACCAAUAUCAAUAAACAAAGAAUGUGCUUUGUACUUCAAAGAAUAUUUUAGUUUAAGAUUGAAAUCAUCCUUCGGAUCAACCAACAGCUGUAUCAUUUUUAACAUGAAUUUUGUUUGGUGACUUCUUCCGCUUAUCUGUUUUUAGAGGAGCAAAUGCCUACUUAUGAAUUUAGAAAAAAAAACAAUUUGUUUGAGUACAAUUUCCAUACCUGAAGGCCUACUCUAUUCGUUAACGAACAAAAUUUCGGAAAACUUUGUAACUUUUCAUUAUUUUAUUCAAAACAUAUCCGUGAAGAUUAUCUGUGCAACAGAAGCAGUGUCAGGUCCUACCUCCAUUGCAUUAUA